AUGCAGGCUCGCACUAGAGCCAAUGCGCCCGCGCCGCCCCUGAUCGGCGAGCGCAUCCUCAAGUCGUUCAACGACGACGACGACGGCACCCAUGGCCGCAAUCCCAGCGUCCUCACCACCUCCCUCUCUCCCCGCAGACCCAAUGGCCAGAGGAGCAACCUCAGUCUCCGCUCCGCCGCCAGCACCUUCAGCACUGGCAGGACGGAGCCGACCUCGCCGCGGCCAGGGUCAGGCCGCACGCCCCGCCCAAUCCCAGCGCCUGACCCGAUCAUCACCAUAUCCGCCGCGUCCAACCCAAACAAGGAGUCCCUUGACAACAGCAACCACUUCACUCCCUCCGCCUCCCGCGCCCGCAGCCCCUCCGCCGCAGAGCCCGCCGCUCACGACGACGACGACGAAGAGGACGACUACGUGACCGUCGACCUCCCUGGCCCCGACUCCCAGUCCAUCGCAUCGCGUCCGGACAAGGCGUCGCGCAUUCUCGGCAUCAGGCACCGCAAAGAAAUGGAACCCAUUCCUGCGUCCAACCGCACCUCCCUCGCGUCCGCGCGGUCCGCUCGUACAGCACCUAACACCACUGUCUCGGCCCCUCCGCCGGCGGCGGGCCCCACUCUGCCGUUAGCAUCGCUGUAUGUCGUGUCUGGGCUACCGAAAAGUCCGCAUACAUGGACGCUUGCCGAUCCGGACUCGGUGAUGGGCCUCCAUCACACAGACGGUGCCGUAGGCAGGUGGUGGCGACCUGAGGUGCUGGGCAGCACAGUGAGUCCUGGUGCAGGAGGUGGCGGCAAGCGUAAGAAGAAGGGUAAGCAUGACGACGGCACACCCGUUUUCAGCAGCCAGGGACACCUGAGCAAGCAGGAUGUGGGCAAGAUGCUCUCGAAGGCGUUGAAGCUCUCCUUCCCGCGCGAAGUCGAGAUCAUCGCAUCGACUCUGCAACCUGCGUCGACUGUGCACACGUUCACGUACACACUCCCCGCCCCCGCGACACCGCUCGCGCCCACGCCCUCGACGGACCUUCUCCGCGCGUCCGUGAUGACCGCCAACUCGGACCCACGCGCCUCCAUCCUCUCAUUUCCCUACGCCUAUGGUGACGACCCUUUCCGUUCCGCACGCCCGUCCUCCGCGUUUCUGGGCCCCUCUGGGUUCUCCUCGCAGGGGCACGGUGGCAGCGCAGACCUCGGCCAGGGCGCAAAGCCGACGUCGAACCAGAUCACCUACCAUGGUGUUUGCCUCACCGUCUGGUCCCACGCCGACGCCGAGCGCACCGCGGCCAUCCGCCGUACGCUCGAGGCGAGUCGGCCGCGGAAGGAGAGCGGGCAGAGCAGCCUUGCGCGUGUGAAGGGCCAUAGGCACGGGAGCGAUGCGAGCAGCCAUGUGGACCCCACUACGCAGGCGCGCCGCCGUGCGCGGAUGAGUGCCCGUGGGCCGUGGGGCGCAGGCACGGACGCGGAAACCGACGUGGAUGUGGACACAGACGGGGAGGGCGAGGGGGUUAGUGAGAGCGAGUUUGAGGUCGCGAGUACGGUGGGCCAUGGCCCUGGUGAGAGCACACUAUUCUUGCCCGGUGAUACGGUGUUUUGGUUGCCGUACGCGCUCACUCUCGUCUCGCGGUUCCCCAUCUAUGAUCUCAUGCGCGACUACCUGACGCUGUCUUGGGCGCGCUUCUCCAAGGAUGUGCAGUCACAUACUCUGCAGAUCAGCAAGAUCCUCUCGCAUCCUGCGCCUCGUGCAGGCGAGCUCGUGCGUCUCGAUGCCUCCGCGUCGGCGAGCAGUUCCAGCACAGAGACGAAUCUAGAGGUAGUCGCGCGUUUCCCUGGCGGAUUGGACUUUGGCCGAGGCUUGGUCGACGUCAACUUCACCAUGUGGCCGCUAUUCAAGUGUCUGAACAUCGACAACAUCCUUACCAUCUGUGAGAUCGCCCUCGCGCCCACGGGCAGGAUCCUCUUCUUCUCGCGGCACCCCGCAAUCCUGGGCAUUGCCGUGCACACGAUCAAGUACCUCGUCGAGCUGCGCGGUUGGAGCGGUGUCGCACUCGCGACGGUGCACUCGCGCGACGCGAAGAUCUACGUCGACGACCCCGGCCCGUGGAUUAUCGGCCUCGCGACGGAGGCGCGCUACUGCGUGCGCCCACCGCCAGAGGUGUGCGUCGUGGAUCUGGACAUCAACUAUCUCAACUGCCCCGCGCCGCCGUCCGGCACAGUCUCGACGAAACAGCAGCGUGAUAGGUACCGCCAACGCUUGCUUGCUGCGUUCGAGCCUCAUUACCACCCUGAUCACUGCGUUCCGAGUGAGUUCAAGGAGGCGUUCCCUGCAGGCCGGUUCAGGCCUGUCUGCAAGAUCCAGGCGAAGAGGGGCGCAGCCUCGACCGCCGUGGCGGACAUGGUCAAGCCUCCGGAAUGGUGGCAUUCCACCCGCAUCAUCCAGGCGUUUGACAGCGUCCUGGCAGACAAGAUGAAGAGACCAUCAUUACUGAAGCGGAUCAGUUCCUUCGGCUCCGUGCGUCCCCCGCCGAGGCUCUCUCAAGCGGAGCAGCACAUCCAGAUGUCGAUUCGCAAGCGAGCGACGGCCUUCGUCGAUGCGCGCGACGAGCUGGAGACGAAGAUCGGGCGACUGUCACGCCGCCUGAACUUCCUCAUGACGGAGUCCGACCUCUGGAGAGAGAAGUUUGUCACGUUCGAGCAGUAUGCUGAGAAGCUCAGCGUGGAGGCAAGCGAGCUCCGCUCGAAGAUCAACAAGGAGCAGAGGGAGACGAAGCGGCUGUCUAGCGUCAUCACGCUCACGGCGGUGGAGAAGUCGAAGCUUCAGAAUCAACUGAGAGAUACGGAGGACGCUCAUACCAAGGCCCUCACUGAGCUGCAGCAGAUGCAACAGGCGAUGGAGAAGAUGGAGGAGGAGCGUGCGGAGAUGAUCGCCGAGGUCGAAGCGCAGAUCGAGCGUGCCCUCGCGAACAUGGCCGUGGACGUAGACGUGGACGACUCAGAGUACGGCGGCUCGCGUCCAAACAGCCGUAUGUCCUCGCGGUCCGCCCCCAGCGGCUACCCUGCGUACUCGCGUUCCAGGGGCCUCCGCUCGUUUGGGACCGACUCUACGUUGGCGGAGUCUUUCGACGAUGAUGUUCUGGAGCCUGAGAGCCAUCAUCGGUUUGCCACUGAACCUCUGGCUGAGGUGGAAGAGGAAGAGGAGGAAGACCCCAAAAAGAAGCGGUUCUCCAAGAUGGACCAUCGGCAGGGACAGGACGGCAUGUCCGCUGUCGACGAGGGCAUCAGUCAGAAGAGUGAUAAGAUCGCUCAGAAGGUGCUUGAGAUCCAGCGGAAGCUUGAAUCUGCCCUGGCUGCAGAUGUUCAGCGGCGUUCCCAGGAGAGCCACCAUAGCGAGAGCGAUAUGUCCGAGUCAACAAGGUCUCGUCGUCGCCCGAGCAAAGCUGCCAGGUCGUACGGGCAGCAAUCUCGAAGCUCGAGCAAGCGAAACUUCACUUCGCCCCCUCCUCGAGCUGCACUCCGUGCAGAACCCCAACCGGUAUCCAGGGAGAAGAAGCCUGAGGCGUCCGAACCGAAGAUCUCCAGUGAACGUGACACCACUAAACAGACUCUCGAGCUUCCGACUCUGCGGACGAGCUCGUCUACGGUGUCGAAUGCGACCGUGUCCACCACACCACGCAGCGCGAUUACGCCGACCACGCCUUCGCUGUCGAUCGGUGGCACAAGUGUUACCACGGACGACGAAGACACCGAUUUCCAGAGUGCGUACUCGAGUAGUCCGAGAGUCAGCUACGGCAGUCUCGAUAACGCUGUCAAGACUGAACACGGCAGCGACAGUGAACAAGGGACCCCAACUGCAUCGGAGAAGUCUCCUUUCGAUGCCCUGAAGAGUCCUUAUUCCAAGAGCAGAGAACGUGGGUCGAGCACCAGUACUGUGGGCCAAGGCAUCCGUAGCGAUGGCGCGAGAAACAGUAUAGACUCGGAGACUAUCAUCACCGCUCGCCCAACUGUUCUCAGCAGUUCUUGA